AUGGCGGAUUAUGACUUCAGAAAUGGCGAUUUUCCUACGAGAGGGCCCGUCGUGCUGGGAGUUUCGGCUGCCACGCUUGCGAUAUGCUCCGUCUUCGUUGGCUUCCGUCUAAUUUCCAGAUUUCUCGUCGUCAGAAAACCAGGAUGGGACGACUACACAAUGAUCCUUGCAUGGGUUCUCGCAUUUGGCGCAUCUUUCUCUAUAUGCUAUGGCACGACGAAAGGUUUGGGACGAAAGCAGGAGAACAUACCCCCACAAUGGCGGGAGCCCAUGAAGCAAUCGUCAUUCGUCUUCUCGGUCCUCUAUAACCCAGCUUUGAUGGCCACCAAAACCUCAAUUCUCCUCUUCUACCUCACGCUGUCCAGGACGCAUAAAGUUUUUCGUUGGGCCACCAUCACGACUCUUGUCGUUGUCAAUGUUGGUGGAUUGGCUUUGACUAUUCUAAACCUGCUUCAAUGUCGCCCUAUUGGUGCUGCUUGGGAUUCUCCAGUUCCCGAUACAGCUCACUGCACUAACAUAGUCACGAUAUAUCUUUCCUCAGCACCGCUCAACAUCAUCACCGACAUAGCCAUUCUAUUUCUACCCAUGCCCAUACUCACUAGUAUGCGGUUGCCGAAAAAGCAGAAGAUAAUACUGGUCAUCACGUUCGGUUUCGGUAUCUUUGUCGCAGUCGUCGAUGUCAUCCGUAUCGCAUACCUGCAAAACGCUCAACGCGAUACACUCGAAGCCGCUCAACGUCAGUCUUCUGAAACUGGCAACGAACAGAGAAACACUGGCGAUUUUGCCUGGUUUUCAUCUUUAUCCUUCAUGUGGAGCACUGUGGAGAUCAACCUGGGCAUCAUGUGUGGAUGUGUUCCUGCUCUGAAGCCGCUCGUCAGAAGAUUCCUCCCUAGUUGGAUUAUCGAUCAUACCAUGCGCGACAACACGACACAUACAAGCGAUGAGGCCGUACUUCAUCCCGACAUUCUUGACUCUCGACGGCGGUCAGAUCCGCUGACACCUCCCGCCUCUCCGCUCAGCAAACCUCCUCUUGCUCGCAGAAGCGGCGGUGACGAGCCUAUGGGCAUGAUGGAUUUUUUGACUACGCCUGACAUGACUGAGCUACCUCAACUGAGGCCAUCAAACACCAAUGUUACCUACGCAACGACCGCACGCACUCAGCGCCAACCAACUUUCUUCGACUUCGUCAACACUGGACAGAAAAAGAAUAUUACCUUACGGAGCAACCGCGAGAGCGUAUACCCUGUGAUAAUGGUGACCAUACUGUUCUUCAUCUGGGGUUUCGCCUAUGGCUUCUUGGACGUUCUUAAUUCCCGCUUUCAAGAAGUAGCCCGCACAAGCGAAUGGGAGACGGUCGGUCAACAUAGCGCCUACUAUGUUGGCUAUAUUGUGGGACCUUUAACUUUCGGACGGAUCGUCUUCAAGACUUGGGGGUUCAAAGCAUGCUACAUGGUCGGUCUCUCGGUCUAUGCUUGUGGAACACUCGUCUUCUGGCCUUCCGCUGUACUCAACUCUUUUCCAGCGUUCCUUAUCUCAAAUUUCAUCACCGGUGCAGGGCUGUCAACCUUGGAACUCGGCGCAAACCCAUUCAUAGCCCUCUGCGGGCCACCUGAGUAUGCUGAAGUGCGACUCAAUCUAUCACAAGCUGUUCAGGCUGUUGGCACAAUCGCCUCCCCACUUUUGGCGAAGAAAGUACUCUUCCCUGCCAACGCUGCGAGCCUGAUCGACGUGCAGUGGACAUACCUCGGCAUAUCCUUUUUCAACAUCGUCCUUGCGAUCGUCUACUUCUACGUACCACUUCCCGAAGCUAACGAUGAAGAAUUGGAACUUGCCAGUCAACGUACUGUACCCUUUGCCCGCGAGGCGACCAUCAAUAUUGGAUCCAAGCCAGUAAAAAUUCUCUGGAUUGGUCUGGGUAUGGCGGUCUUUUCACAGUUCUGCUAUGUCGGCGGUCAAGAGUCCACUUCCACCUCGUACAAGGAGUACAUCAAUCGCGUCUCGCCUUCAGUGGAUUACGUAUCACAGCAAGCCUAUGGACACACAGCGUUUGCAGUCUCUCGAUUCCUGGCAGCUUUCAUCGACAUUUGGGUGAAACCGCGCUUCAGUCUCUUGGUCUUCUUUCUGGGCGCGAUUGCCUCCGCUGCUGCGGCCAUGCAUGCUUCGGGCAGUGCUGGUGCAGCAGUCAUUGUCAUUGUCAUGUUCUUCGAAGGCCCGCUAUUCCCUCAGAUUUUUGCACAGGGUAUACGGGGUAUGGGCAAGCAUACGAAAGAUGCUUCCGUACUUCUGACGGCAGCUAUUGGUGGAGGAGCCGUCAUCCCUCCAAUUAUGUACGCCGCACUCAAGAUCAACAAUGCACAAUACGCUUUCUGCGUCAUCACGGCAGCCUAUGCUGGUGGUGCAUUGUAUCCUAUCUACCUCAACUUACUACCGGCAUCCCGGAAUCUCUCCGACCCUGUGCGCGACGAAAAGACGAGGAAAGAAUCGGAGGCUGGUGAGAAGCGACGGGGCUCCACAGGCGAGAAACUGAGGACAUGGAGUAAAGUCAAGAAGAGGCUAAGUUUAAACAAGGAAGAUGAGAGACUGCCCUCUGUUGAACACAGAGAAAGGCGCAGUUGGCCCGAGGGAUUGGCGCCGCGGAGUGACAGCUUGGCCAUCGAACCUGUGCGGACUCGUACACCGAGCUCAUCAGGUUCGAUGAGCAGCAGUUGA